AUGCAAUUGAAGUCUCUUCUUUGGGCCUUCGCGGCAGUUACCAGUGUCUUCGCCUCUGCUGUCCCAGAGGAUAUUGAGAAGCGUAAUUACUAUGGAGCGCCUGCCACUGUUACAAAGUGGUCGACUAAGUACGCCACCAAGUGGUCCACUAAAUAUGUGACCAAGACCACUACAUGCACAAAAUGGUCUAAGACACGAACCAUCACCAAAACCAAGACUGCUACGAGAUGGUCUAAGACGACGACAAAGUGGAAUACAAAGUGGAAUACGAGAUGGAGUACAAAGUGGAAUACGAGAUGGAACACGAGAACAAACACCAAGACCAUCACUAGUACUAUCAUCAAGCCAGUUGUGACGAAGACCACGACGUUGACUGCAACAACAACCGCUGUAUCGACUUCCGUAUCGACUUCCGUAUCGACUUCCGUAUCGACUUCCGUAUCGGUCACGACAACCACCCUAACCGAGGUGCCGAGCUCUACUGGCGUAGUUGGUCCAAGAUAUGCCGGUUGUUACAAGGUUAAUCCUGAUAAUGGCCCUCUGCUCACUGAGAAGCCCUUGAACACCGGUGUGACACCAAAGUCCUGCCAAGAACACUGCUUCUCGAGCUCGACAGAUAACUUCCUUUUGGCUGGUCUUACCGGCGGAGACACCUGUGUUUGCGGUAACAGCAUCGAAAACCCUUGGUUGGAGGUUCUGGAUGAGGGUCAAUGCGAUACCCCCUGUGACGCCGAUAAUGAUGAGUUCUGCGGCGGUACUGGUAUCUUUGAGAUUUAUGUCCAGUCAAAGACCAUCGGCCGAAGCAUUGGUUGUUACGACGAUACCACUCAGAAUGACCUCAUCUCCGAGGGCGUCUUCACCCACCCUAAGAUGACCCAGAAGAUCUGCCAGGACACCUGCUUUAGUCAGCAGUUCACCUUUGCUGGUCUUAAGAAUGGAAAGGAAUGUUUUUGCGGUGACCAGUUUAUCAGUGCACCAAUCCAAGACGGCACUGAUAAAUGUACCACAGCUUGCGUCGGCAAGACCGAUGAGAAAUGCGGAGGUGAUGGCUUCGUCGAAGUCUUUGCCCUCACCACUUAA